AUGAAUAGAAUUGCACCAUUGUUUAUUGCUCAUGGAGCUCCUACUUUGGCCAUUGAAUUGGAUCAUGCCAUGAAUAAGUUUUUGGGAAACAAGCUUUCCAAGCAAUAUAAAGGACAAGAUGCUCCGAAGGCAGUGGUUGUGUUUACUGCUCAUUGGGAAGAUUCAAUUGCAAAUAAUGGAGUUGCUAUUACUUUCCAUGAUGCUAAUACUGUUUAUGAUACAAUUUAUGAUUUUUAUGGAUUCCCUGAUGAGAUGUAUACUAUCAAGUAUCCAGCUAAAGGUGCUCCACAAGUUGCUCAAAGAAUAGAACAAUUACUCAAUCAGAAUAAUAUCAAAUCAAGAAGAGAAUAUAAAAGAGGCCUCGAUCAUGGUACAUGGGUUGUUUUGCAAACUCUCUUCCCUGGUGCAAAAAUUCCUGUAGUUCAAUGCUCAGUCGAUCCAAGAAGCUCAAUAGAAACUCAUUACAAUAUUGGAAAGGCAUUAGCUCCUCUUGCCAAUGAACAAGUUUUAGUGAUUGGAAGUGGCAGUACAGUUCAUAAUCUUGGAAGAGUUAAUUGGGGAAAGAAGACUCCAGAUGCAUGGGCAGUAGAGUUUGAUGAUUGGUUAGUUGACAGAAUUUCCAAGUGGAACACAGAAGAAUUAUUUGCAUACGAAAGGUUUGCACCAAAUGCAAGAGCUGCUGUUCCAAGAAGUGAACACUAUGUACCUUUGUUUGUAGCAAUGGGUAUGACACACGAAGAGAAGACCUCUAAGGUUAUUGAGAGAUUCUAUGAUCUUGGAAGUUUGAGUUAUUUGAGUUUUUCCUUCUAA